CGCACUUGUGUUUCACAUGGCUUACAUUUUGUCAACUGCAAGUUAUACCACCAGCAGACAAACCUACUUAUAUAUUGCAUAUAAUCAGAAGUUACAUCCACAUCAAAAAUACCUCACUUCCUCUCUCUUUCUCUCUCUGUAGAUUUCUCUCUCUGCACAGGCAACAGGAUGAAUCCUGAAACUAAACAUCUUCACCUCUUCUUCUUUCCCCUAAUGGCUCAAGGCCACAUGCUUCCAAUCAUCGACCUUGCCAAGCUCUUCGCAGCCCGUGGCGUAAGAGCCACCAUGAUCACCACUCCUCUCAAUGUCCCUAUCUUUACCCGAGCAAUCCAAAGAUCAGAAAGCCUCUCUACCAACAUGAUCACCAUCAGAGCCAUCACAUUCCCAGCCAAAGAGGCUGGCCUUCCUGAAGGCCUCGAAAACCUCGACCUUGUCACUACACCAGAGCUCCACAUCAAAUUCUUCCAUGCCAUAAACUUGCUCCAACAACCCUUGGAACAGCUUCUACAAGAAUGCCACCCCAACGGCCUAGUGGCCGAUAGGUUCUUCCCGUGGGCGACUGACCUAGCAGCCAAGCACGGAAUUCCUAGAUUAGCUUAUCGUACAUGUUUUUUCUCCACUUGUGCACAGGACAGUGUGACCAAGAACAAGCCUUACCAGAACUUGUCAUCAGAUACUGAACCCUUUAUAAUUCCUGGCCUUCCCGAUCACAUCAACAUGACAAAACUGCAGCUUCAUGAUCAUAUCAGGCUGGGUUUCGAAAAUGAUUUUUCGAGAUUGGUUGGGAGUGCAAGAGAGUCCGCAGACAGAAGCUAUGGAAAUAUUUUCAAUAGCUUCUACGAGCUCGAACCAGCUUAUGCUGAACUAUACAAGAAGGAAAAGAAAGCAUGGCAUGUUGGCCCGAUGGUACUUUCCAACAGGAACAACGACGAAAAGGCGGCAAGAGGAAAGAAAUCAUCAAUUGACACGCAUGAAUGCUUGAAAUGGCUCGAUUCCAAGAAACCUAAUUCAGUUGUAUAUGUAUGUUUUGGCACAGUGACGAGAUUCCCAGAUUCUCAACUAAUGGAGAUUGCAAAGGGUCUUGAGGCUUCUGGGCAAGAAUUUAUAUGGGUAGUGAGGAGAGACGAGGAGGAAGAAGAUAAUAGCGAAAAUUGGUUGCCAGAAGGUUUCGAAGAGAGGGCGAAAGGGAAGGGACUAAUCAUCAGAGGUUGGGCACCCCAGAUGUUGAUUCUUGGUCACAAAGCAGUUGGAGGAUUCGUGAGUCACUGUGGUUGGAAUUCGACACUGGAAGCAGUGAGUGCCGGGGUGCCCAUGGUGACUUGGCCUGUGUUUGCUGAACAGUUCUACAACGAAAAAUUUGUUACUGAGGUUCUGAAGACUGGUGUUGGAGUUGGAGUUCAGAGAUGGGUUAAAUUUGUGGGAGAUAGUGUGAAGAGUGAUGCUAUAGAGAAGGCGGUGAAGCGUAUAAUGGUGGGCGAAGAAGCUGAGGAAAUCAGAAGCAGAUCGAGGGUGCUGGGAGAGAUGGCGAAGAGGGCUGUUGAAGAAGGUGGCUCGUCUUACAAUGAUUUGGAUGCCUUAAUCGAAGAGUUAAGGUCAUUUCGUGAUUGAAGUGCCAAAAAAAUUAGCUUAGUAAUUUGUUCUUGUUGGGGUGAUGCUGGUAAUCUUUGUUUCAAUAAUUUAAACUUGCCAGUCUUGUUAUGCAUGUCUUGUAGUUCUUGAAUAAGAUCAACAAUUUAUGUCCGAUUCAUGCUUU